AUGAGCAAAGGCCGCGGCAAGAAGCGCGCCCACACCGGAAGCGUCCGUGGAGAAACACCUCCUGGUGGGGAUGAAGCCGCCUCAGCACCACCGCACGCCGAUCCUGAACAGAGAAAUCGCCAUUCCGACCAAGACCUUAUCCUUUCUCGUUUGCUCUCACAACGCCUGGCUCCAGUACACCCCAAUGAAUGUCAUCUUGCUGGCGCCUUGAGCUGUCUUCGCGAGUAUCUCGAAUCAGACACGCCCCUUUUCCCAGCUGCAGCACCCGCCACUCCCACCACUCCCCCCUCGACUAGCAGAGCGCUUCUUCCUACAUUAGCUGAUUCUCCUCGCACCAAACAGGCCAAAGACUCGGUCAACAAGCUCAAGCAGCUGAAGAGAUGGGGGUUUCUUCAAUCGUACCACCGCGAGCUUUGCAACCCGGACCAUCCCUGA